GACCCCUGAAAAAGAGCAAGCGCCUCGUGCCGCUCGUGUGAUUCUAGAUUUGAUCUGCUUGAUUCGGAUGUCGGCUGGAGGAGGCGCAGACUAAGAAACGCUGCAGACAAGCUCCGAUUCUAGUCAGGAGACUGGAUCGUGCUGCUGAGAUCCUUCGUCCAUUCUACAGCCACGGGUUUUGCUUUUUAUUUAAAGCAGCCCUGUCGGCUGUCUCUCGAGCUGCCAAGACACAUCCAUCAUCCAUCGUUUCUUUUUCUCCUCAUCUUUUGUCUUCACACUCAAGCCCUCCAACCAUGCCGUCUUACAGACUCGCAGCAGUUACCCUGACGUGGCUCGCAGGGGCGGUCACGUCCUCGCCGGGCGCGUACGAGAAGCGCUUCAGCUGGCAGCUCGGCGGAAGCCCCCAGUUCGACUACGUGAUCGUCGGUGGCGGCACCGCGGGCCUGGCCCUCGCGAACCGUCUCAGCGCCGACGCGAGCAUCAGCGUGGCCGUCGUCGAGGCGGGCACGUACUACGAGGUGACGCAGCCGCUCAUCGCCUCGACGCCGGCGGGUGAUACCUUGUUUGUCGGCUCGGACCCCAGUGACACGAACCCGCUCGUCGACUUGGAUUUUGUCACGGAGCCCCAGGCCGGUGCGAAUGGGAGAAAGAUACACUAUGCGCGGGGCAAGUGUCUUGGUGGCAGCUCGGCGAGGAACUUUAUGAUCUACCAGCGGGGAUCCAAGCAGUCGUACCAGAAGUGGGCGGAUGCUAUCGGCGACAAUAGCUAUACCUGGGAUGCAUUACUUCCUUACUUCAAGAAAUCGGUGGCAUUCACCCCUCCAGGAUCAUCCAGAUUCGAGAACGCCACUGCCGAAUAUAACCCUCAAGCUUUUUCGUCAUCCGGCGGGCCCCUGCGCGUUACCAGCGCAAACUACGCCCAGCCGUUCAGCACUUGGAUGGAGCCAGCCCUGAACGAAAUUGGAAUCGAUUCCACGCAGGACUUCAACAGCGGCAAGCUGAUGGGAGCGCAGUACUGCUCUAGCACCAUCAACGCUGCCAAGCAGACCCGCGAAUCCAGCCAGACCUCAUACCUGGAUGAGGCUUCUAGCAGGCCCAACCUCAAAGUCUAUUCGCUGACCAAAGCCCGCAAGGUCAUUUUUGACAGCAACAAGAAGGCCACGGGCGUCGAGGUGCAAUCUCAGGUUGCCGGUGCCAUUGGAUUGGGCGGCUUGACCAAAUUCACCCUGUCGGCGCGCAAAGAGGUCAUCUUAUCUGCCGGGGCCUUUCAGAGUCCCCAGCUGCUCAUGCUGUCUGGCAUUGGUCCGAAGGACCAGUUGAACAAGUUCCAAAUCCCAAUCGUUGCGGAAAGACCCGGCGUCGGACAGGGAAUGGAGGACCACGUCUACUUUGGUCCAUCGUACCGGGUCAACGUCCAGACCCUGACCCGCCUGUCCAACGACGUCCUAUACACCGGUGCCCAGUUCAUCGGUCCCUACUCGAUAAACCACGAAGGACCGCUGACAAACCCAGUUGCCGACUUUCUCGGCUGGGAGAAGACGCCCCGAAACCUGCUCACCCCCAACUCCACGUCGGUUCUAGACUCGCGUUUCCCAGCCGACUGGCCCGAAAUCGAAUACCUCUCGGCCCCCGGCUACAUUGGCGACUUCAACAACCUCUUCACGGCCCAGCCCAAAGAUGGCUACCAGUACGCCUCCAUCCUGGGCGCGCUCGUCGCCCCGCUGUCGAGGGGCACCGUGACCCUCAAGUCGGCCAGCCCCAACGACCUGCCCCUGAUCGACCCGGGCUGGCUGACCGACCCGACCGACCAGAACGUGGCCGUGGCCGCCUACAAGCGGUUGCGUGCCGCGUUUGCAAGCGAUGCCAUGCGCGACGUCCUGACCGACCCCGUCGAGUACUUCCCCGGCCCGGCCGUGCAGACCGACGAGCAGUUGCUGCAGACCAUCAGGAACACCGUCAUGACGGUCUGGCACGCCUCCUGCACCUGUCGCAUGGGCAAGCGGGACGACCCCAAUGCGGUCGUCGAUAGCAAUGCCAGGGUGAUUGGGGUAACGGGUUUGAGGGUCGUCGACGCGAGCAGCUUUGCCCUGCUGCCUCCGGGACAUCCUCAGAGCACCGUCUAUGUUCUGGCUGAGAAGAUUGCGGCUGAGAUCUUGGCGGGGAAGAAGUAGAUGCAAGACUUCUAGGUUUGUUUGCAGUUUCGAAAUGCUCUAUUGCAACACUCACUCGAUAUUUUGAGUCUGUGUUGUAAAAGUUGCAAUUGAUGUGAAGUUGGAGUUGAAAAUCCGAUAUUAUUCGGGCAGGCAAUACUAGGUAUAUGAUAGAAAUCUUUGGCGUAAAUAAUUCAAGUCUUUCCCGAA